AUGACUCGCUCCCUCGGGUAUCACUACUGGAACCUGAAAUAUCUUCCCAACCAAAAGCCAACUUACGACCAUAGAUACGACGGUGCUCUGACAAUUACACUCUCAUUCGGUUUAAAAAUCCGUGUGGACCGCGACAACCUCGUUCUACCACACGUAUUACUCGACGAGCAAACAGGGGAGAUGCUCGUCAAUGCAACAGAGAAGGACAUGCUCAUCAACUCAAUGCAGGAUGUCAACAAGAAUGACAUGGCGCAGCUCGGCUGGCAGUUCCUCUCCGCCGCCUACCUUCAAGUCAACCACGACACGUCCGAGUUCUCGCUCUGGCAGGCAAACCCCACAUGGAGCCAAGAUAUCGUGGCUCUAGACUCCAGCAACAACGACGUCACCGACUUCUGUUCUUCCCAGUCUAGCGACGGCAACAAGACCGUGAACGGCGGUGGAGACGUAGGUGGCAGCGGGGAGGGCAGCGGGAACGACUCGUCGGCAAGCACAAGCUCUCCCGGUCUCUCACGCGGGGCUAUCUCCGUAAUUGCCGUUGGCGGAGCCGCAGUUCUAUCACUCAUAAUCGGAGCUGUAGUAUGGUUUCUAAAGAGAAAGAAGUCGAGGGCCCCUUCAAUACCCUCGCCGGGCGUGGGGCAGAACACAUCAUGGCUGUCAGAGCCUCCGGGCCAAGACCUCCCCCCAAAGACACCAUCAACGUGCGAACUGGAUAAUGGAGAUACUCCAACCUUCCGGCGGUAUGAGAUGGCGGGCUAG